AAUGUAUAUGUAAUACAGAUUCCUGUGAGUGUUUCUGGGCGAGCACUAGGAUGAUUAACUGUCCUGGAACACUGUUGAGAAGGUUUGUUCCAGCAGUGAGAGACAUUAACAACACCCCUGUUAAGCAACAGCAGUGGUUCGGCCUGGCUUCCUCUCAGUGUUUUAGGACUACCUGGACAUUUCUAGAGCGAUCUCAUUAGUGCGAGGAUAGGGGUGGCGUGGGAUCAGGGUUAGAGAGAGAUUAACCACAUGGAGCCGUAUAAAGCUUCAGUGUAAUCCGCACGCUGGAGACAAAUUCAGAGCAACAACUAUUCUACGAACAAAUCACAACUCGCAGUGUUUUGGACCACACAAGCCCCGUUAAAGAGACGAGGAGCAGAGAUUUGUUCAUAUUUUGGAUUGAAAGGCAAGAAGAUAUUUAACCUGUGACCUCUGAACAGUCUUCCUCAUCAUCAGCAAGUCAAAAGUGCAAAAAGGGGGAAAUCAUGAAGAAGGGAAAGCAGGUGGGAGAAGACAAUGAGCCCCCCACUUAUCAGGAGGCGACUGCAGGCUACGAGGAGAUGGAGGCCCAGUUCGCCUGGGAUGACAAGAACAUCAGGCGGACUUUCAUCAGGAAGGUCUACGCCAUCCUCAUGGUUCAGCUGAUGGUGACUGUGGCAAUUGUUGCUCUCUUUUCAUUUUGUGCACCUGUGAGGUAUUUUAUCCAGACACAUCCAGGCUUGUACAUGGCAUCUUAUCUCGUAUUUUUUGCCACCUAUAUCGCACUAUCCUGCUGUGGAGAGCUGAGGAGGCAGUUUCCUUGGAAUAUAAUUUUAUUAGUUCUCUUUACUUUGAGCAUGGCCUUCAUGAUGGGAUUUGUUUCAAGCUUUUACAACACCAAAUCAGUAGUCCUGUGUCUGGGGAUCACAGCUCUGGUGUGUCUCUCCGUCACCAUCUUCAGCUUCCAGAGCAAGGUUGACGUCACAUCCUGUCAGGGCGUGCUGUUUUCUCUGUGCAUGGUGAUGCUGCUCUGUGCUAUCACCCUCUCCAUUGUCGUUCCUUUCGGAUACGUUCCCUGGUUACACGCCCUUUAUGCUGUGGGAGGAGCCAUCCUCUUUACUUUGUUCCUGGCAUUUGACACCCAGUUGCUGUUGGGGAACAAGCGCUACACUAUAAGUCCAGAGGAGUAUGUUUUUGCCACGCUCAGCCUCUACCUCGACAUCAUUUACCUGUUCAGUUUCCUGCUAGCUAUCUUCGGAGGAGGCCGCGAUUAAUGCUCCUUCUCUAUUCCUCCUUUUCCCCUCAUACUGUAUAUGUCUAUUUGAUCUUGAAACAAACUCAACAGCCAACUUGGAACUUUUCCCUUCAUGAACAAUUUCACAUCAGGGCUAUAUGUUUUUUUUCAUGGAUCACUGUUUCCCUCCUAAUCUUGUCUGUACAGUUGUGCAGCUGUUUUCUUGCUAUGCCCUGAUAUGUUUUUGUAUUGCUGUGGGUCUACUGUGACCCCAGUAUGAGUAGGAUCACUAUCAGUCCAUCAUUGAGCAAAAAUGGAAGACUCAGAAAAUCUGCACUUUUAGGUUGAGUUUGCUUUCAAACUGACUGCUUCACCAGCUAUGUACAGUAGACACAGUUUGUUUUAUACUUGUUAUUAAUGUACAUUAUCAUAGAUUUCAAGUCUAAUGUUUUACUGUAUGUGUGUAAGAUAUUUUCAGCUCACGUCAAGACUUUCAAAGCGAAGAUAAAACAACCACCACAAAGGGAAACUGUGUGUUUGUAGCAUCAUACAUACUUUAACAACAUAUUUCAGUUAUUAGACAUCAGUUGCCAUUCCUAUUGUAAUGUUAAUGUGGCCUUUGGGACAUGAUAGAAAAUUAUUACACGUAAACAAGUUGAUGAUCAGAGCAUAAGCAAUAGAAAUGUUGUA